AUGGUAUCAAUUAAUGACCCUUUACUUGGGGGUGACUCAAAAACAAGAAAUCAUCAUAUUUUAAAUUCAAUUUUAUUAGGUGUUGCUUUAUUCUUUUUAUAUUGUGUAAUGUUGUAUGGAACAGCAUUAGGUACACAAGAAGCUUAUGGAAAUUUUAUAUUUUAUGCAAUCAUUCUUGUUACAGCAUUUAUUUCACCAUUUUUAAUAUCAAAAACUAGAGAAAAGCUUGCAAUGAUAAUAUGCUCACUUAUUUGGUUAACUGUAUUUUUACUCGAAACAUACACAAAUGUUCCAGUUAUCACUGAUAUUAUUUUACCAUUUGCAUUAAUGUUCCUUUGGACUGCAGUUGGUGGUUUUAUGUUUGUAAUUUCAUCAAGAUCAAAUAUUGGUUUAAACUUUGGUAUUUUAUUUUCAAUAAUGGGAUUAUAUGCAGGAUUCCAAAUUGCAGCAGAAAAUAUGGCACCACAAUCAGUUUCAUAUGUUGCUGUUUUUAUAAUAUUUAUUGUAAUUUCAAUUGUAUUAUUCCUUUUAUUAGGUAACCCAGGUACUAAUGUAGAAAAAGAGCAUCCUAGUGAAAGUUUAAAAUGUUUAAAAAACAAAAAUUUCCUUUUAUUAAUUCCAGUCAUGCUUUAUCUUGGUAUGGGUGAGUCAUUUGUUCAAGAUAUAUUCUACAAUCCAUCAGUCGGCUAUUUCAAAGUAUAUGGUAUCGUUUAUAGUGUCACUGCAAUUGUACUUGGUUUUUUAAGCGAUAAAAUUCAAAGAAAAUAUAUUUUAAUUGCUCUUACAAUUUGUGGAAUUAUUGCCUCAAUCCUCACAAUUAUCUUUUUCUACCACCCAGAAGAUACACCACAACAUUUACCAUUGUAUGCAACUACAGUACUUUUCGCAAUUUGUAAUGCCGGUAUUUACGUUCAAGUCUAUUGUGCAGCUGGCUUAAUGUUCUCUAGAAAAUCACUCUCUGUUGCCGCAUUGGUCAGAUUAUUUAUCGAAAUGGGUUCAUUCAUCGCUUUCAUCUUUUUCCAAUACAUCAAUCAAGGUUAUAUCUACACCUUAUUAGCUUUAUUAGUUAUAGGUUCAAUUUUAUUUGUUUAUGUUUUACAUAAUUCUUAUAGAGUAUAA